GCCAACCGUGCGUCCGCCACGUCUGGUCCGCCAGUCCCAGCAGCAGCAGGCAGCACAACACAAAGCUGGGUGGCCAGCCUGCCCUCCCCCGACAGCCAGAAGAACAGUUCCAGCCAAUAGGUUGAGGCCUAGACCUGCGCGCCUCGAACUCGCCCGACGCCUCCCCCCGCGGCCGCCCAACCAAGAGCAGGCAUUGCCGUGUGCGUAAUGGUGCUGCCGCUGCCGGAGCGCAGGCAGCCAGUCAACCACCUCCCCCUCGUUGGCUGAUCCCGGCCGACGCACGCACGCAACACAACGCAACGCAACGCAACGCAGCGCACGUACACCCUGUCUUUACCAACUUCUGGCAUCCGUCUUCUUCCCACCCGCUCUUUCCGUCCUCGUUUUUGGGCUAGACACUUGCUGGCUUCGUCUUUGUACGUCAGGAAGAAACCGAAGGAGAGAGCAACACACGAUCGACACGGCAUCAUCGUUCCGUCCAUACAGCCUAGCCUCUAGUCGACCGCGCCCUGUAUCCAUUGCAUAGCUCCAGGCGAAACAGCAACCCAGACGGAAAGCUGAGGCGAGCGAAUCCCCCGACAACUCGUCCGCGUGAUCAACGGCACAGACGGAAAAAGACCAAGACAGCUUGCUGCGGACAAGCAAAGCAAGUAGCACCCUUGGGAGAAGCGUCCGGGAACCAACCGGGCUAUACCCACGGAAGAAGAAAAAAAUCAACAGCUUUUGUCCCAAUCACCUUCUUGGAUUAUGAAGUUCGUGCCGCACUCGUAUCAGGAGCCGAAGAAGACGACGACGACGACCAUUGUCCAGGACACGCCUCCGAACGACACGGCCGCCGCCGACGGGACCGAAACGACAGACGUCCAGCCCGACAGCUGGCUCACCAUCACGAUGGGUCUCGCGUACAACACGUACCUCAAUAGCAACAAGAUCUACGGCUGCAAGAGCUGCAAGGCCCACCUGGCCAACCAUGAGGACAUAAUCAGCCGGAACUUCCGUGGCCAGCACGGCAAGGCCUACCUCUUCGCCUUCGUCGUCAACGUCGAGACGUGCGAGCCGAGCGAGCGCAACAUGACGACGGGCCGCCACAUUGUGCGCGACAUAACGUGCCGCCAGUGCAAGGAGACGGUCGGCUGGAAGUACGACAAGGCCUUUGAGCCCAGCGAGAAGUACAAGGAGGGCAAGUUCAUCCUCGAGGCCGAGCUGCUCUGCAACGUCUCGUGAGCGGGGGGGAUGGGUGACAUGUGUCUGCCUGCACGUAGGUGAUUAGGCUGCUGCUUGGGGGGAGGGGAAGGUCUUUUUUUUUUUUUGGAAUAUCGCCGUCCGUCCAUGGCUCCUCUAUUUCCGCUUUCUUAUGAAUUCGCUAUUUUUCUUUUCUCUCGUAGCCACCCUUUUGCUUCUUUGGGUCUACUAGGAGUUCCUUGUCCUUGUCGUCGAACCUUGAUUUUGAAUGGUUUCCUGUCUAGUCAUGGGGCCGAAGCGAGUACAGCACACCUCACCUCGGGUCGUGGAGUUUUAGGGUAUGCAAUUUGUUUACUUUUUAACUUUGAAUCCAUCUCCAAUUCCAAGUCCUCA